CUUGUAUCCCAUUCGCGGUUAAGUGUGCCCCAAAAUCCCCAAAAUCCUCAAAAUCAAAAUCCUCAAAAUCUGAAACCAAAAUCCCUAAGAUUCUGAAACCAAAAUCCUUAAAAUCCCUACUCGCAUUCAGCAUUGUCGGAGUGAGCGAGGGUGAACGACAGCCUUCACCGGAGCGACGAGCAGCAACAACUAUGAAUGACGAGUGACGAGGGUGAACGACGGCCUUCGCCGGAGUGACGAGCAGCAGCGAGUUUCGUGCUCCAGAUCUCACUCCACUCUCAACUCCCUUGAUUUAUAUGUCUCGCUUGACUUGAAUCUCGAUAUAAAAUGCCCAAGUUGGAAGCUCGAAGAGACACCUCUCCAUGGGACAAAAGGAUGUGGUGAAUGGAGUUUUGAGUUGCUUUAGGUCAAUAGACAGCUCAUAUUCUUGGAUCAAGAUUAUUUAUGAUUCCAGAAAUUCCAUUUUAGAGUGGUCCAUACUUCUCAUUGAUAACUCAAACUGCAGUGGAUCUAUGGAUUUUGCUGUCCCUCCAGUAGAUGCUGUCCCUCCAGUAGAUGCAUCAGUCUUUUUCCUGAUUUCUGUGCGUUUUACUGCUGCAAGCACAUUCAGUGAACUAAAGAUAUAUUUCCUGAGUAGCAGUUUGCUUCUUGUGGAAUGCAGGCGUGUGAAGAUUGCGACAAACUUUUGCUUUUGUAACCCACGAAAGAAUCAUGACGAAAACUUUUAUUUUUGAUUUACGUUAUUUAGAUUUGUGAACAACAUUAUGUAUGUAUUAUGCAACAUUAUGUGGUGGGAUAAUUUUGAUGAUGUGUUGUUAUAAAUGGAAGAAUACUUUAAUUA